GUACAGCUUAUUCGCAGCCCUGGAUUGUGGAUUUUGUUGUGAAUCUAUAUUUUUCAAAAAGCUUGGCCACUCUUACACACCGAUAAAUACGCUUGUUGCUUUUUUCAUUCUGCCGGCGCCUGCAUUCACGCUAAUUUAAUUUAGUUUAAUUUAGCUCAAACCAGCAACCCAGCCUGCUCUAAAUAUGUCGGAACAAUGGGAGGUGGUCACCAAGUCGCGGAAACAGAAGAAUCUGGACAAGAAGGUUAUUGCCCACACGGAACAGAAGCGGAUUGCAGCCCAACUGCCGAAAUUGGAGGAGCUAUUGCCCACUACUCACCGGUAUCGCAACUCGUUUGCCACCAGCAGCAGCAGUAACAACAACAAUAAGUCUCAUUCGCCAGCUAAAUCCAACUCAAGUGCCUCAUCCUCAUCGAAAAAUAAUAAGUCGCCGGCAAAGAAGAAUACCGCGAAAAAUGCUUCAGCUACAGCUGCGAAAAAGGCCACGUCGACGUCGGCUGCAAAGCCAAAAACUCUGGAACAGGCACUGAAGCAAAUAACGCCGGAUGACUUUGCUGCCCAAGUGGAGCAGGUGAAGCUUAGUUGUCCCGGCUCCGAGCUGCGCUGGCUAAGUCAUAUUGCUUUGUACUUUAAUGGCGCCUUGUCUUACGACUGCGAUCCCAUCUUCUCUGGCCGCUCGGCUCAGUAUCCCAGCAAUCUGGCCAGCGGCGACCUCAAAAAUGUGGUUAUCCAGUUCCUGGGCAGCGUGGGCGAGCAGAACUUGGAGUACUUCUUCUACUCCCUGCUGGAUAGCAUGGCCACGGACCUGAAUAACAACCAGACGGUGGCCGGGUAUAAGCUGAUCCUGCAACUGAUUGGACAGAACUGGCCGACCAUCUGCUCCAGGAAUCUGGCUAAGACGGCACUGCUGAGGAACUCCUACCAAAACCGGAGCAAUAUCUGCCUGAGCAUCCUGUGGGCCAUCGGACAGGGCGGCUUUAAGUCGUUGAACGAGGGUGUCCGGGUCUGGCAGAAUCUAAUGCUGCCCAACCUGGAGCUGAAGCAGUACACCAAGUUCGUUGUGGAGUACAUGGAGCGGGUGCUCAAUGCGGAAGCUUCGAGAAAGUCUGCAGAUCCGCUGCUUCUCAACCAGCAGGAGUUCUUUGCCACGUACAAUGCUCUCAACGCACAGUACGUGAAUCUGCCCAAGGAUCUACAGCAAAGUCUGAAGAGAAGUGCAAGGCUGCUGUUGGGAAACUAUAUCAAGAGUCCGGUGAAGCAUGCCAACAUCUUCUUGACCUUAUUUCGGGAUAUCAGCGCUAGUUCCAAGCAAAACAAUGAGAUCGAAGGCUGUAUUAGCUGUCUACUGAGCAGCGGAAGUGAUGAUUGCUUAAAAGUGUGGCGCAUGAACUAUAAAAAGCAAACAUUGCCCAGUUUAUUGCUACUGAAAGCUAUAGACGACAACUGGGCUACUUCUACCAAGGAGUUGGCUGAAUCGCCAGCAUAUCACACUUUUUUGCAGGAAAUUGACGCUCUCAACGGAGAGCUGGAGGCCAGUAAACGAAAAGACAGUAACUUAGAUAGUUUAAAAGAAGUUUUGUUGGCCGUUCAGGAGAAGAGCAGUGCGCAGCAGAAGAAGAACAAACAGAAUGCCGCGGCACAGAAAAAGAAAUGCGGAUGCUGCAAGUGGACGCUGGGCAGCAUCCUUGUCAUUGCCCUGAUCGCAGGAGCUCUGUACUACGACACGGAGACCAACGGCAAGGGUGUGUUCGAGAAAUCGGCCACCGGCAAGGUGCUGAAGAAUGCCGGUGUCCUGCCGCAUGUCCAGAAGACCUGGUACACGGUCAUGGGCGCUGGUGCCCGUGGCUACAAGUGGGCGGAGGUGAAUGUGCCACCGUAUGCCGAGCCAGCGAUCAAGACCACUGGCGAUCUGUGGAAGUUGGCGAGAAAUGCUGUCUGCAAUAUCUACCAGAAUGGCAAGGGAUACUUCAGUGCCAAGUGGCCAGUGGUGGCUAAGUUCAUUGACCAAUACGUGCCCAAUUUUUCGGGUAAGAUUGAGGCCUUUGCCGCGGGCGUUUGCGACUUUGCUGUCAGCAGCUACGAUAAGUCUGCCGUGCUUAUUAAGGAGAAGGUGCUUGUUGGUCGCUUCUCGCCCGAGAACAUCAACCAGGCACUGAACCAGACGCGUAACGCCGCCCUGGAGUACUACAACCAGUUUCACAAAAAGGUCGACGCAUACGCCAAGCUCAAAUGAUUCUAAGCGUCCGGCACGCUUAACCCUCUCUCUCUGUAGGCAGCGACCAUCAUCCGCAGCUGCUGCAAGAACAACAAUCGCGUCAUAGUAAAUAGUGAAGAAAAAGCCCCUAAUUUUUCGCAAUUAGUUAAAAAGUAAAGAAGGAAACUCAAGAAGCCACUAACACAUUCAUAACAAACAACAGCAGAUCAGGUCUCUAAUUAAACAAAAAGCAAUACGAGCAAAUCUUUGUGGAUGCCGGAAGAAUAGUGUACACUAACAGAAGAAACCUAGUAAAUUCAAACCUCUAUAUCGAAUUAUGUUAGUUAAAAAGAAAAGAAAGAAAACCCGAAAACAAAAUUUCUGUUGUACAAAACACGCGUGUUUAAAUAUCUUUUCUCCGGGACGAGAAAAAUAUAUUUUAAAAUUUCUGUUUUCCCCAAGCCGUUGUAAACAAAAGGAGUUCGUAAUUGUAAUUAUUUAAGAGCGUUUAUGUGUGGCAAUGCGCGAAGCGUUUACUUGAAAUUGUGUUAACUGAGAACUUAACAAUUCCAAUUGCAUUUUGAAGGCAAACAAUA